UGGCGGCGGGGGGGUCGUCAGUGUCGCCAGAGCUUUUUAUAAGGCUUUGGUCCUGCCUUCGCCACCAAAGGCUGUUUGUUAAAUUACCGUGCUGCCAAUGGAAGCGUGUAAACGGCUUAACGGCUUCUGAUUUUUUUUUUAACAGAAAAAUAAUGGUAUUUUUUGCUGCAAGCAAAUAGGUGUAGGAUAAAUUGGUCGAUUUUGAGUCGCAGCGUGGUCACUGCAGGUUUUCAUAGCCACCAGCCGUUCAGUUAAACAAAUUACUUCCCCUAAAAUGUAGAAAGUACAUUAAUAUCUAUAAAAACACCAUAUUUGCCUAUAGGCUUUGCAUUACAUUAUUGUUAAGACGGUACGAAGAUGUGAAUGUUUGCACAAUAAGCUGUCGGAUGACUGUUUUGCCAAAGCAAUGUCUUCUCAAGAAUUUACUGUAUUAUACACUCACCAAAAAAUGAAAAAAUCAAAAACAUGGCAAGAUGGAACUCUGAAGAUUAGAACUGGAGGAAAUAAGGCAAUCUUGCUUGAUGAUAAAGGGCAAUGUUUGGACAGUAUGUUUAUAAAAUCCCAGGUGAAUGCUGGAGAUAAUUUAGAAAGUGAACGAUAUUUGAUCACAGUUGAAGCAGUAAAAGUGAAUGAAAAACCUUGUGAAGAUCAGCCAAGGAAGGCAGAAAUAAUAGAAGUGAAUAGAAAUGGUGUAAAGCCUGGUAUUCUACCCUCAAGACAUUUGUCUGUUGGCUUGAAGAGGAAGUUUACGGGUUUCCAAGGGCCACGCCAAGUUGAAAAGAAAACACCAACAAUGGAAGAUGGAGAAAACCCAGCAACAUCAUCUAUAUCUAAGCAGUGUCAGGGUAUUUUUCCAGCCAAGUUUUGUAUUACCUCUCCAUUAUUUUCUACUAUUGGUGAGAAGAAUGCAGAAACAAAUCUAUCUACAGACUUUCAUGAAGAUGCACUUACAAAAAACAAUAGAGACCAUGGGUCUUUCUCACUGGUUUCGCCUCAGUUUCUUGAUACGUGUAAUGAAAUAGAGAAGAGAAGCUCUGAUCAGUCCCUUGUGAAGCCAGAAUCUCCUCUAAUUACUGGCCACACCAAAUCUAGUGGUCAGACAACUGGUCAUGGGGCAGUAUCACAGAAUAUCAGGAGCACGGCACAGAUAAUAGCUCUUCUGAAAUCUAAAACAACACAAGCAUGCAGAGAGGAAGCAACACCUGAAGUCACCAAAUGUCUUUCUAGAUUUCAGGCACCAGAAAACACGAAUAGUUUGUGUAACCCAAAGAGCACAACCCUACCUGCCUUUUCAGGCAACUCUGACAAAAGACUUGCUCAAAAUAUUCAGAAUUUAUAUUUUACAAAGGAAACUGUAAAUGCUAAAAAGGAAUGGAAUGCUGAAAUGCUUCUAAUUGCUUGUGAUAAAGAAGUCACAGGACAAAGACGUGGCGAAAAGGCAAAUAAUUUAAGUCAACACUUACGGGAUUCCUGCAAUACAAAUAGCUCCUUCCUAUCUGAAUCCACCAUAAAUAGACUACAUGAAAGCCAGUUUGUCCCUUCUUGUUCUGCAAGUCCUACCAUCUUUGAAACACAUCUCUCCCCACACAGAGAGCAUUUGGUGACUAAUGGUCUUCAGGAGAAUUCAUCCGUCAAGUCAAAAAGUCACCUUCAGCCACAGCAAAGUUCAGAAAGAGAGCAUAGGGACUUGGGGGUCUCUGGGGACAUAACAUUGACUGAAAUUGGAAUUGUGAAGGAGGAAUUAAGUACAUGUGAAAAAGACUGUGGACAAGAUGAGCAGAUAAUGCAGGUUAACUUUAAUCUAUUGGAGGCUUUUGAUUUUAAUGACACAGAUGAUGGAGACCAGUGUGAAAGAAAUAUGAAAGAGCUCCUUGAGGAAGAUGUGCUUUCAAAAAGUCCAGACAGCUUAGGGGGAGAUGUAGCACAAAAUACUGCAUUGAGGCUUCAUUCUUGCUGUGAAAAGGAAGAAAUCAAAUAUUCAACAUUUGGCAGAGAGAAUGAUGGAAAUACCUGUGCUGCAGGAAUACCGUUGCAGUUUUGUGACAACAAUGUUAGAGAGAGAGAGAGAAUUGUGGAAGACUCUGCAAACCAAACCCAAAUCACAGCGGAAUUUUUGGAUGAGAGAAACUACUUAAUAGAGAUGAACGAAAACCAACUAAGUGUCGAAGACAUGAACAAUAAGGAUGAUCUUGGUGGCUGCACAGUGAAUACUGCUAAUGGCAUGCCAGGGAUAAAAAACAAACACUCUGAUCUUUUGCCUGAUGACACAAAUGUUAUUGAGUGUCACCCUGAAUCUGGUAUGUUUGAGAACACUGAAAGCGUUUCAUGUAUUACUACCAGCAGAAUAAUUUCUGCAGUGGAGAAAAGGACUGAAGAAGAUGUUAUGCAGCUUGGACGUACAAAAUCCCCAGAUAAUGAUCUAGAACAUUUCUGGGGUACUAAGAGUGAUGACACUAAACCAGGUAGUCCUUUGCUGGCUUUGUCACAACAGUCUGAUCCUUGCUGUGGCCCAUUUCAAUAUAUUGCAGAAGAUCAUCAAAAUGUAUUUGGCAUUUCAUGCAAGGAAGAUACUCUUGUUUCCAGAAGUGCUAUCUAUCCUUUAGGAAAAGGCCAUUCGGCUCCAGAGGAAGCAGAAAUAGGUGAAACUGAGUUUGAAAAUGUGGAGAGCAUAAAUGCCCUUCACGAAGCCUGCAAAGGUGAAAGAAUAGGAAUGGAUUGCCUGAAAUGCACGGCAAUAGCUGAAAAUUCAUCAGAUCUUCCUGACUUGGUAAACAAUAUCGCUCUUCUAAGAGCUUUGUCUCAACAUAGCACAGCAUUAGAAAGCUUACAAAAGAUGGAGGAAAAUGAUAGCAUGUUAUAUGAAGCAGAGACUUCUAAAGAGAUAUUUGAACCACUUGUGACAGAUGAAGCUAUAAAAGAGUUUACAGAAAUGCCUUACUCAGAAAGUAUAGAGGCAUCUUCAUGUUCAUGCAUUGAUUCUUCUGGCAUUUUGCAGCCCAACUGUGUGGACAGUUUAUUACAGCAAACUGAGUUGUAUAUUCCACCAAUAGCACUGGGCCAAAGAGACCCUAGGACAUCUGACUGCCAACCAAAGCCUGUUGAGUUUCAAGGGCACCAAAUAAAGGGAUCAGCAGCUAGUGAGAUAAUGUUGAGGAAUCCCUGCUUGCAGCUAGGAUGGCAGCAGUACCCAGAUAAUAUGCAGUUUGAAGCUGAGAGAUUUUUGUCACCUCCGGUUUCAAGCAAUUAUGUUCUUUCUGACUUCAGCCAGUCUCCAGGUUCAGGAAGGCUUCACAAGGAUGAUACCAACUUCAUUGGAGAGGAGAAUUUUCAAAAGAAGUCUAACUUUAUUAAAGAAUCGAUAGUAGAUCUGUCCCCACUGGCACUGAAUGCACACUCUGAAGUUCCACUGUGGAUAAUGUCAGGCUCACCUUCAUGUUCUAAUCUGGGACAAACGCAGUGGUCAUCAUGGGAAGCUGACAAGAUGAUUUCAUCAGUACAACUGACUUCCUCAGUUUCUCCAGCUUCAGGAAGUAAGGAAACUGUUCGAGACAUCCAGACCCUCCUGAUUCACAGGAACCUUCCAAGUGAUUCUGAACUUUCAGAAAAUGUUUUCACAUGGGAGAAACACAGCUAUCCAGAGGAAUGCAGCCCUACAAGACUCAAACCCACAGUUAAAACACGAACUCCACUUGUCACUGUUCCUGGCACCGAGAAGAUUCCCAACGUAGAAUUUUUUCUAACCGACAGUGAGAAGAGUCAGCAAUCUUCUGGCUCUUCAGUCGUCAGUUUUAGCAGCAAGUCAGCAGCGUUUCCUAUCAGUGCUUCUGGCCCUGAGGACAGGAAUUAUGAAGCCUCCGUGUUUGGAGAGUAUAUGGAAGACAGACAAAGGGAAUCUGUACAGCCAGUGUUCCCUAAUGUGACUUCGCUCUGUAGACAAAGCAAGUGGUUGAAAUAUCAAAGCAGUACUCAGUGUGACUUGAUAACUCAAAACAGCGAUGAUGUGGAAGUGACGGAUGGCAUCUGUCCUGAGAGCAUCCUCGGAAUGCUGCUGGGUGACACAGGAGAGAGCCAGAGCAGCGCUGUGAAUGAAAACGCUCCCGGCUCUGCGCCUCUGCAGACAGCAAAGAGUAUGCUUGGUAAAUGCAGCGCAAAGAGCAGCAGCCAAGAUUUGAUUUCAGAGAGGAAGUUACUUUCUCUGCGCUUAAGUCAGGCUCCUUUAGGUGAACCUACACAAAAGGUGUUAAGUCACCUGAGCUGCCACACUGUAACAGGAGAUGUCCAGGAAAUAACAGUUUCUGAGUUGUCUUUUCCUAAUAUGGACAAGGUAAAAUAUGCUAAUCUUCCUAAAAGAAGGAUUGCCAUACCAAUUGUAUUUCAGUCUCAUGUUCACUACAAACAGAUUUUUAAAGCUGCUUUGACAGAGCAUUUAAACAUAAUGCUUUUUGAGUUGUCACAAAGAUUACACAAUGCUCUUUCAAAAGUGGAUGUAUCAUUUUACACUUCAUUGAAAGAUGGGCAAAGUGAGAGCAAAGAAAGCGGUGUUCUACUCUGCAGUCAUAUGCGUCCUGCUAAGCUUGUUACGGUGAAAAAAGAAGGUCAAAACAAGGGUCGUUUGUUCUAUGCCUGUGAUGCCCCAAGGGCUGAGCGGUGUUCAUUUUUCAAGUGGAUAGAAGAAGUAAAUCCUGCACAGAUAAAAUCCAGGCCUAGUGUAGUGCUUCAUGAUAUAAAAAGUAUUGGGACAUACCUCCGAAGUCAAAAGAUUUCUCUCUUUGAGGGAUGCCAGCUUUUGGUGAGGAAAGCUUAUGGAAUUCAAACACAACGGUGUAGUAAAUUUAAGAAAUUUAUGAAUGUACAUGCGAAAUUUGAUGGUGAUUCUAAAAAUAAAUUGUACCUCAAACUAAGCAGAAAGGAACAUUAUUCUGUCUAUAGCAAAGAUGAUAUUUGGGUUGUUUCGAAGACUCUGAACUUUGAUCCCCUCGAUACCUUCAUUGCAUGUAGCGCCUUCUUUGGACCAUCCUCUAACAACGAAGUAGAAUUACUACCACUGAAAGGCUACUACCCCUCAAACUGGCAAUCAAAUAUAUCUGUUCAUGCGUUGCUAGUUUGUAAUGCUAGUGGUGAGCUUACAUCUUUAAGAAAUAUGGAGGAAUACUUCAAUCCAUCUACUUUACCACUAAUACCAUAUCUACUAAAAAUGAAUCUUGAUUCUGAGAAACCUGCUAAGAGAGUCAACAAAAGAAAAUUUACUCCACCUGCCAUGAGCCUGGAACGCACAAUGAUGCAUGGACCUGUCAGCACUGAAGUGGCGAUGGGACUGGCUGAGAAGAUGAUCGAAACUUUCUCGUUGAAUCCAGAUCAAGCCACAUCACUGGUUCAGAUAGCUCAGAUGAUGACCUCACGUGAAAAUAUCAAACCAGUGGAAGAACAUCAGAUCUUCCCUAUCACAAUCAUACGUGGUGUUUUUGGAGCUGGAAAGAGCUAUUUGCUGUCUGUUGUGAUCUUAUUCCUAGUACAACUCUUUGAAAGCAGUGAAGCUGAGGAGGGUCCAAGACCAGCUCCAUGGAAACUUCUCAUUGCUUCUUCCACGAACGUUGCCGUUGACAGGAUACUGCUGGGUCUACUUGAUCUUGGAUUUGAAGAUUUUAUCAGAGUGGGAAGUAUUAGGAAGAUCACAAAAGCAAUUCUUCCUUAUAGUUUACACGCUGGCUCAGGAAACGAAAAUGAACAAUUAAAAGAACUUCUUGCUCUCCUGAAAGAAGAUUUAACUCCCAUUGAAAAAAUAUACGUAAGGAAGAGUAUUGAGCAACAUAAACUGGGGACCAAUAAAACUAUAUUACAACAGGUGAAAGUGGUUGGAGCAACCUGUGCUGCCUGCCCGUUCCCUUGCUUGAAUAAUCUCAAGUUUCCUGUAGUGAUGCUGGAUGAGUGCAGUCAGAUGACCGAACCUGCUUCUCUACUUCCUAUCGCAAGGUUUCAGUGUGAAAAGCUAGUCCUUGUUGGAGACCCUAAGCAAUUACCACCAACUAUUCAAGGGUCUGAGAGCGUUCACGAAAAAGGAUUGGAGCAGACUCUCUUUGAUCGGCUUUGCUUAAUGGGACAUAAAACAAUACCACUUCGGACACAGUACCGAUGCCACCCUGCUAUUAGUGCCAUAGCCAAUGAGCUGUUCUAUGAAGGAAAUCUGAUAGAUGGCGUUUCUGAGAAAGAAAGAAGUCCUUUAUUGGAUUGGCUUCCAACACUAUGUUUUUAUAGUGCUAAUGGAAUGGAGCAACCUGAAAGAGACAACAGCUUUUACAACAUGGCAGAAGCUCAUUUUACAGUCAAGCUUAUCCAGUCUCUGACUGCAAGUGGAAUAGAAGGAUCUGUAAUCGGUGUGAUUACUCUUUAUAAAUCACAGAUGUGUAAGAUUCAGAAUUUGCUUAACAGCGUACACUCUGAGGCCUUUGAAAUCAAAGCUGUGCAGGUGUCCACUGUAGAUGCAUUCCAAGGAGCUGAGAAGGAGAUCAUUGUUCUGUCGUGUGUAAGAACAAGACAAAUGGGGUUCAUAGACUCAGAAAAGAGAAUGAAUGUUGCGCUAACAAGAGCAAAGAGGCAUUUGUUGAUUGUUGGGAAUCUGGCCUGCCUAAGUAAGAACAGACUCUGGGGAAGAGUAAUUCAUCACUGCAAAGAAUGGGAAAAUGGAUUGCAACAUGUAAGCCAGUGUGAGCAGCAGCUGAACAACAUUCUUAAGUGUUAUUUGGAAGAAAAGGAGAAGGAAGAAAAGAGUAAGAAAAAGGAAAAAUAAAUGUGCACAUAUUUUAUGAAGACAAUAUAUGAAUGGUGUGUCUAUAAAAUUUACCAGAACUACUGAAAAUCUAAUAUUUAUAUUUAAUGGGGGAAAAUUUUAUUUGUAUCUCUGUCCUGAUUCUUCUGUUUUGAUCCCUUGUUUGUAUGACUAAAACUAAAGAAUAAAGUAACUGCUUGAUAUCUGAAAUCCUUUUAAGCUUAUAAAGUACCUAACUGUAUUAUUAGCAUUUUGUUAUUCUUCAGGUAUGUACGUAACCUCAUAUUGUAAAAACAAUAGUCAUUUUGUCUAUUUACAAAUCAGUCAAAUUAGGAGUGUGGCUAAAAUAAAAGGGACUUAAUUUUCCUUGAAAAAAUUACAUUACAUGUUUUAUUAAAUCUUUGGAAGUCAACAAAACUAAAUGACAGCAGGUUGGAUGUAUCUAGAUGUGUUACAAGCGUAGGAUAAGGUCACUCGGCCCUGUUUCAAAACUAGCUGAAAUAUUUUGUUUUGGAAGCAAGUGCUGUUAUGUGAGAAACUGUCUCACAUGAGAAAAAAAGUUUUUUUAUCACAACAAAAGUUGACCCAUAGGGUGUCUCAAAGGUAUAUAGAGGAGUGUCAGUAGUUAAUGUAUGAACUCAUACUAAGAUAUGAGGAUUCUCAGUGAUUAAU